GAAAGUAAUAUAAUUGAUUAAUGUCUUUCAGUAAUGGUAGAAACUGCUGAAGGAGCUAGACAGCAUGGACCGAAUCCUGCUGGACGUCUUUAUGUUAAAGCCGUAUUUACUGGUUACAAGCGUUCACAGCGAAAUCAGCACGAGCAUACAGCGCUGCUGAAGCUGGAUGGUGUUUAUAAUAAGAAUGACGCUCAGUGGUACGUAGGUAAACGUGCACUUUACGUUUAUAAGGCGCGUAGCAAAAUCAGGUCAGCAAACAAAGAACCGAGUCGAGUUCGUGCUAUAUGGGGGAAGUUGACACGCGUGCACGGUAAUGGUGGCGCAUUGCGAGCUAAAUUUCAUCGUAAUCUUCCACCCCAAGCGAUGGGAAAACGUAUCAGAAUAAUGCUCUAUCCUUCGAAUAUAUGAACUGUGGUUUUGUUAUUCAAUUGGCAUUAAUUUGUAAGCACAUGUUGAUAUAAAUGUUAUGUUUUCUUGCAACCACAUUAAGCAGUUAAUUUUGGCUUGGAUUGGUUCUUUUGCAAACGACCUUACUAACCACAAUCGGAUGUUGUGGUCUACAUUCCUUUGGGAUUAUGACAGAAGGUCGAAUAUCAUCGUACAUACGCC